AUGCCGCACAGGAUUAGCCUAGAGAAUUUAGCUCGUCCUGACAUUCUCGUUGACGGCGGCGUAGAACCACAAGUUUCCGGCUUCAGACCCGCGCCUGUCGCCCGAAAGCAGCAGGCGGCCCUUCGCCUUCGCAGUGAGGGCGAGAAGCGUGCCGCCAAGAUCUAUAGCCUCAUUCGAUAUUUGGGCUAUCAGACUUCGGAUCCGUUGUCCGCCAUUGAGACGCAGUUUCGGGGCGCCGCCAAAGUCAUCUGUUCCCAGUGGGUCUCAAAGCCCCGGGCCGUGCCGGGACUUCUUCCCUCGUCCAAUGCCAUACCACGCGCCACAACGCCCGACCAGCGGAAAGAAUUGGAGCUUUGUCUCCUAGACCUUCUUCAGCAAGCCAGAGAGCCGACCGCGCGCCGGCUUUUUACGAGCACGCCCAAGGAUGUAACCAUCGCCGGCACUGCUCAACCGGCCCCGGCCUCUCGCCCAGGCGACUCCCGGCAAUUUCGCAAGAGGCACUCGGACGAAGCGGAAAUCGUGCGGGCCCGAGAUGGACCGUCGGUGUCUAAGCGCGCCAAGUCGGCUCUUGACCAAGUCCCUGUUCGCGGUAAAAUUGGACAGGUUGCCAUCAAUCGAUCUUUUCAGCUGUCCCGAGGGGAAGAUAGCCGCUCAUUCCUCAGUGAGAGCACAUUCGGCCCGGCAGACACAACAUCGGCUGAAACAAGUUACACCUCCAUAUUCUCAACCACGAACCGGAUAGCAGAUGAUACCAUUCCCUCCGAUUCCCAACUUACCCAGCCCUUUGAUGAUGAGGACCGCUUACGCCCGGGUCCUAAAACGGGUAUAAUCUCCGCCACCACGGCGUUCUAUCUCCCCGAAGACCUCCGACCCUAUCCUUCCCUGGCCGAUGAUCCCGCUGACGGGGAUGCCCAUCAUCCCUCGCCCAACCCCAGCUACCAUCCCCGAGUGCAGUUGCCCAUGACCAGAACCAUGCCUAUGGAGCAGAGCAAUCGCACCACAGCUACGACGACGACGACCACCACCACCGUAAUGCAGGGCGUAGGCUUAGAGAGGGGCAGUGGCAGAACCCUCGGCAUCUAUGACAAUUCCCGGCUCUCCAAUGCCGGCGCUGAGUAUGGAGCAAGCGAGAUCUCUGCGUGUAUCUUGCCAUUGUCCUCGCAACCCAGUCUAUCCGUUGCGCUUUCUUCCCAGGGCGUGGCCUUUAGGGAGCCACCGCGUCCAGCUCAGGGCACUCCAAUUCCAGCAGCUUCGUUUACUAGUUCCUUCGACGUCGAUUUUGAGCCUGGUGAGCGAGUAUUGGGUCCGCACUUUGCCCUUGACAAGAGGCUCGAGGAUUCCUGGCCCAAGCUCCCAAAGGACCUAGGCGAUGCUCCGCUUGCCAUCAUGUGGGAAGUGACUCGAGCUGCCCUCCAUUGCGGCGUAGAUCUUGGAGACCUUGGCCUGAAAUACAACAUCACUUGGAAAAGUCAAGCCGUGUUUAGAGACGCUCUUCUGUCCGACCCAUGUUUCCGAGACAAGAAACUGCCCACUAUGUGUAGUCCGAGCGUCUGGGAAGCGUCUCUCUCCACAUUUCAGCAGGGAGGCCGCACAAUCUCGCUUGUAAUGGAGGCCACCUAUAACCCUACCACGACCGGCCCGUUUUUCCUGCUUGCUUUGGAGCCUCUGGCCUUGAGUCUCGGCCAUCGGCUUGACAGGCGAUUUGGGUCCGAUCGGUUCCUCGAGGUCAUCUUUCCUUCGCACACGAGUGAAAAGGCACCUGCCAUGCUCAAAGAGCCCGGUGCUGUCGACUGCCUAACUCCGAGUACCGCAACUGUUGUUCUUCGCCAGGACCAAAUCAUCCACCACCCGGAUGAUGUGAGGUCCGCGACUGGACAAGUCAUGAAUGAUGGCAUUGGCAGAAUGUCUCGUGCCAUGGCCCUCAAAGUGGCCCAGCUGCAUGAUCUCGAUGUAAUGCCAGCCGCUUUCCAAGGGCGCAUAGGAAGCGCAAAGGGCCUCUGGAUUGUUGACGGUGAUUCAUACUACGACGGGGAUGAUGAGGUUUGGAUCGAAACCUACCCGUCUCAGCGAAAAUGGGCAUGCGACUUUGAAGACCAGGACCACCGUACGUUUGAGGUCAAAGACUUUUCUCGAGAGCUCAAACCGGCCUCUUUAAACAAGCAGUUCAUUACUGUUCUCGAGGAUCGAGCGAUUGACGCCGCCACCAAUCCUCUUGCCUUCCAGCGCUGGGUGGACGUGAACCCCUUUGACCGAACGGAGAGGAUCUCCCAUGGCGUCGUCCCUUUUUUAGCGGGUCUUCCUAACUCUGAUGAGGAGGCGCUCAAAUUUUUACUCGACGGCGGGUUCCACCCACGGGAGCUGAAAUAUAUCCGAGACUUGGUCUACAGCGUCGCCAAGAAGAAGCAUGAAGCCCUCCAGUCAAAGCUCAAGGUACAGGUCCCGCGGUCCACGUAUGCGUAUAUGGUUGUGGACUUUUCGGGCCGAUUGAAGGAAAACGAGGUCCACAUGUGGCUUUCGUCGAGCUUCCACACGGAAUGCGGAGAGUCGGAGACCAUAUUGCAUAAUGUCCCUGUUCUCGUUGCCCGAGCGCCGGCUCACUUUCCAAGUGAUAUCCAAAAGGUUAAGGCCGUUUUCCACCCUGAGCUCCGGCAUCUAAAGAAUGUGGUGGUUUUUUCGUCCCAGGGUAAUAGCCCGUUGGCUGAUAUGCUUUCCGGUGGCGACUAUGACGGAGACAAGGCCUGGGUUUGUUGGGAUCCGACCAUUGUGAACAACUUCCGGAACGCGCCGGUACCGGAAAAGCCCGACCUCCGGGAACUCGGCUACCUCCGGGUCGACUCACAGACGUUUGAGGGGACCAUAGCAAAGUACCCUCGACGCCUAGACAUGGCCUGCACGAAUUACAAGGAGAGGAUAUGCUACCGCAACAACAGCAUUAGGGACGAGGCCGCCGUCGUUCUGAGCUCGCUCGUAUCCGACUUGGUUGACAGGGCCAAGCAGGGCAUUACCUUUACAGAAGCCGACUGGACCCGUCUCAAGAAGGAUCUUAUCCCGGGAUCCAUUCGAUCUCCCGAGGCGCCAGCCUACAUUGAUAGGGAUUCGGGAGGACCAGGUAACCAUAUCCUCGAUUGGCUCAAGUUCCAGGUCAUCAAACCAACCGUCGAGAGCGAGCUCAAGGCCUUUGAAGUGUCCCUCGGGCAGCCCGAGCACUACGACGUGGACCUAGUCUACUACUUCCGCGAACUAGAAAACCUCGCCAACGGGACCCCAGGUGGGGCUCUUCCCGCCAUCAUCGAUCCGGCCACGGCUUCCCGAACCUACAGCGCCCUCCGGAAUAAACUCUGCAAAGACCUCUACGCCGUGUCAGACAUGUGGAAGGACACCAUCGCAACCGGCACCGCGAUCGGCUACGCGGACCGCGUUAGACUAGUACACCAGACCUACCUCGACAUCCGGCCGAACCCCGCAAGUCUCCGGCAGCCCGUCAAGGCCUCCUUCUUCUUCAAGCUCUACCAUAAGAAUCCCAAGCUCGUCUUCACCCUCGCGGGCGCCCACCUGCAAGCCAUCAAGGCUGAGAGCAUGUACGCCGCCCACCGCCCGGAUAAACGAAUCAUCACGGCGCUGGGCCGAAACGAGGGCGACACCGGAGACACCGAGAGCCUUGCGGACGUGCUCAACGAUUACUAUUUCGACGGUGAGGGCAACGAGAUCGAGCACGUCUAG